UGGGCUACAUGAGCUCAGUCAGGUCUGGACACCGAACAGUUCUGGGUCCUUCUAAGCCAGCUGGUCUGGCUUACCUUCUUCAGCGAGCCAACUUGUUUGACACGAGGAACCGAACAGCGAGCCCACAGCUGGACCUGGCGGGACGAUUUCUUCCCGGCGAAGACGACGACGCAGCGGUGAGUGAAGUGUGUGCACGUGACCGUGGAGGAUCGCCGCCGCUGGACGGGCCGUUGGCGGGAAAGUCAUGCAGCAGUGACUCGCACAGCCUGGAAGACCGUGAAGGCAUCAUCAUAGUCGCGUGUUGCGUUGGAGUGCUCGGACUGGUUGGACCAGGACCAGGACCAGGACCAGGACCUGUCUGCACUCUGCACCGGACCCGGGGCCGCUUGACAACUUAUGGACGAGAAGAAGUUGGACUUGUACCCAGCAGGACUCGAAGUCAAAGAUUGAAGAGCGAGAGCUGAGGACAAAACUACAAAGACAACAAAGCAGACGGCAAAGAUGGGAAGGAAAAAGAUCCAGAUCGCUCGCAUUGUGGACGAGCGUAACAGACAUGUGACGUUCACCAAGCGCAAGUUUGGUCUGAUGAAGAAGGCGUACGAGCUGAGCGUGUUGUGCGACUGCGAGAUCGCGCUCAUCAUCUUCAACAGCACCAACAAACUCUUCCAGUACGCCAGCACCGACAUGGACAAGGUCCUGCUCAAGUACACCGAGUACAACGAGCCUCACGAGAGCAGGACCAACUCUGACAUUGUGGAUACGCUGCGCAAGAAAGGCUUAAACGGCUGCGACAGUCCCGACAUCGAGGCCGACGACUCUGCGGGUCAGAGCCCCGAGGCGGACGAGAAAUAUCGCAAAAUCAACGAGGACAUCGACCUGAUGCUCAACAGACAGAGAAUCUGCCAGGGUAUGCCCGCCUCCAGCUACGACAUGGGUAUGACCCUCCCGGGCGGCAGCCCCUCCGGACUACUGUACUCCCACCCCGGCCUCGGGGGAGCUGUUGGCAGCCACAGCCUGCUGCCUUUACAACACCCAUCCCUGCAGAGGAACAGCAUGUCCCCCCAGCGGCCCCCCAGCACUGAAGACACAGGCUUGCUGGGUUCUGACCUGCCGAGCACCGUGGUCACCACUGGAAAUUGCGGCUACAACACCCAGUGCCCCUCCCCCUCACUCAUGUCCCCGGGGGGCGUGGCCAAGACCAUGCAUGACAAAAGUCCUCCAUCCAUGAGCAUGAGCCGCAAGCCGGACCUGCGACCGCUGAUGGCGCCGACCAACAAGUGCGGCAACAUGCCGAGCGUGUGUGAGGACUUUGACAUGAUGCUGAACCAGAGGAUCAAUCACUCUCAGACGGCGCAGACGCUGACGAGCCCGGCCGUGUCCGUGGCGGCCCAGUCUCUGCCCGGCGGGGGGAUGGGCGGGUACCCGUCCUCGCUGUCCUCUUACGGCACAGACUUCUCCCUGGGCGGAGACCUUUCCUCCUUGUCCGCCUUUGGAUCUUCCGGUCUGGGAUCGGUGAGCAACUGGCAGCAGCAGCAGAUCCAGAACCUCCAGCACUCCACGCUGGGACACAUGGGGAACUUGUGCCACAACUCCAACCUCAACUUCCUGUCCGUACACCAGAACCUGCACAUCAAGUCCGAACCGGCGUCCCCUCCCCGAGACCGCGGCGCCCCCAUGUUGGGCACCAGACUAGGAGGCGGGGUCACGAUGGCGGGCCACUCCCCCGCCAACAGCGCGUCCAGCUGCGGGAGCUCGUACGACGCCGGCGAGGAGCGUGACGACCAUCUCGGCGGCGCCGACAACUUUCUUCUGCGGCCGCCGUCCGGCCAGGAGGACCGCCACAGCCCGUCAGUCAAACGCAUGAGGCUGACCGAGGGCUGGGCUACAUGAUGGGGGUCGGGGAGGGGUUGACGCGGCCGGGAGGGGGCGGGGUUGUUAGCGACGUUACCUUCUAGUGUUAUUUUAUUCUAAUGAUCGUAUUAAUCAUGUGCUGAGUGGGCGUGUCUUUGUGUCUGUCAUUCAGGCUACUGGUUUCCAUGGUGACGCUGGCAACGACACCUUUUUGUGAGUCAAAAUGAAGUUGGGGGAAAACAAUCAAACCUUUGAAGCUUGGGUAAAAAGAUCUAAUGCUAAUGCUAACUCCAAAGAGAACCCUGAAAAAGCCCCGCCAGUGAAAAAGUGACCUUAUAGUAGUAAUCAUAACAAUAUUGUUUUGUCAUUAUCUUAUUCAAGCUGCAAGUCAUUUUUACUAAACAAUUUGAACUCGUGAGAAUUUAUUUAUAAAAUGUUGGAGUUAAUAAAGCUAAAAAAGACAUAAUACAAGUUAAUGAAGCAUAAAUAAGACAUUUUUUAUACAAGAUAAUAAAGAUAAACGUUACUACGGGUUGAUAACACUUAGUACAGUUUAAUUAAUGGUCAAUUAGGUGUUAAUACAAGUUAAGUUAAAAGAGCUGAGAGAGCAUUCAACUUGAAUAGAAGCUCAUCAAGCAUCAGGUCAAAAGGAGAGAGAGAACAGGAAGUGUGAGGGCGGCGACCGGAAGGCGGAAGUUGAUGCGGGAUGAGGAAGUUGGAAGAAAUCCACCUAAUGGGAGUGGAAAGAAGAAGAGUGCAAUUACGUCAUGAGGGGCGGGGUCAGGCAGGGCGUGGGAGCCAAUCACAGCAGAGUGUUAGCUGUUAGCGUGCGGCGCGUUAGCAUUGGACGACUGCGGGACAGUGACGCUUCAAAACUGUUUUUUUUUUAACGUCCAAAGUUCUGCUGGUGUCAGACUCUCACGGUUGUCAUGGUGACGGAUUGGGAAGAUUCACGACGUUCUUUUGAGAAUUCUGCUUUUGGCUGGGGAGAGGGAAGUCCGGGCCUCCCCGCUUAGGCUGCCGCCCCCGCGACCCCACCGCGAAGAUGGAUGGACGUUUGGACUUUAGUUCAGUGACCGAGGCGGGCCUGUCACCAUGGUAACGCGUGUCUGACAUCAACCUAGUCGGCUUGUGUUUGUUUGUUUUUUUCCCGUGUGGACACGAGGCUGAGGGGUUGUUUGGACAUUUUGAAUAUUUUGCUAAUUAAAAUGUAUAUUUGGAGGCCAAACCCUCAGCCGAGCUCAACAGAACAUUUGGAACACCUACACCAGCUCCUCAUCACAAUGUCGUCGUCUGGAACGCUGCUGUCUUGAAAAAGGGCGGAGCCCACCAAAAAAAAGCAACCUCCAAAUGAAAUGUAUUUUGGAGCAAGAGCUGGUCUUUAUGUCGGCUGAUCAGAACCUCCAGCUGCUCGCAGGAGGUUCUGAUCAGUGAAUAUGUCGCACACACACAUUUAUGUUCAAGCAUGUGAUAUUGUUGCUUUUUGGAAGAUAAAUAUGAGAUAAUUAAAUAU